UUUCUGCACACACACAAACGCACAGAGUGGGAAUAAACGAGAGAGAGAAGACAAUGAGGGCAAACAUGAUCUGACGGGGGGGCGGAAAGAUACAAUCUCACCCUCUCUUGGGGCUCCGGCAAGCGUUUUUUUCCUUUUCUUUCUGGGAUCGGGGAUUUAUUUUUAUUGGUGGUAUUUUCCUUGGAAAGGCAGAGGGAGGGGGAAACCGACUUCAAGUGCGGAGCUGCUUCCAGCUGGUGCGUGAACCUUGCCGGAUUUGGGGGGGGGAAAAAAUCCCCCCCUUGGAUACAAAUUUGCAGGAAAUCCUGCCGCGGGCGCCGAGAUCAUCACCCUCACCAUGAAUUCCGUGGCUGGGAAUAAGGAGAGGAUCGCGGUCAGCACCCGAAACAGGAAAUAUGGGGUGAACGACCCCUGCUCCCCGACCAAACCCGCGGCUCCCUUCUCGCCCGAAAGCUGGUACCGGAAAGCUUACGAGGAAUCCCGGGCCGGCAGCCGCCCAGCCCCGGAAGGAGCCGGCUCCAUCCUGGGCUCGUCCGGCACCCCUUCCCCGGGAUCGGGCACGUCGUCGCCGGGCUCCUUCACCGGGUCGCCGGGCCCCGCUUCCCCGGGGAUCGGCAACAGCUCUCCCGGGUCGCUGGGGGGCUCGCCGGGCUUCGGCACGGGGUCUCCGGGCUCCGGCAGCGGAGGGGGCUCCUCCCCGGGCUCCGACCGCGGCGUCUGGUGCGAGAACUGCAACGCCCGCUUGGUGGAGCUGAAGAGGCAAGCGCUCAAGCUGCUCCUGCCGGGGCCCUUCGGCAGCAAGGACCCGGCUUUCUCUUCUGCGAUUCACGACAAGCUGCAGGUGCCCAAUACCACCCGGAAGGCAUGGAACGAAAGAGACAACCGGUGCGACGUGUGUGCCACUCACUUGAACCAGCUGAAGCAGGAAGCGAUUCAGAUGGUGCUCACCCUCGAACAGGCUGCCAACACUGAACAUUGUGAUGCUUCUCCUGGCUCCCCUCCUCCUCUCCCCAACAUCCCCACCUUGGUGGGCUCGCGACAUAUGGGCAGCCUGCAGCCCAGGGACUGGGCCUACAUGUCUGCUCCUUAUGCUACAUCCAAUUAUGCUGGCUUUCUGCCUAACAAACUCAGCGGGAAACAGAACAACAUAGGGAUCGUUAAUGGGAUAGAGAAGAAAAAUGGUUCCUUGGGACAUCAGGCAAAGGUCAGUGUACAGAUGGCCACCAGCCCCAGCAAUGGUAACAUCCUGAAUUCUGUGGCUAUCCAGGCUCAUCAGUACCUAGACGGCACCUGGUCCUUGUCGAGAACAAAUGGCGUUACUCUGUAUCCCUAUCAAAUUUCCCAGUUGAUGACCGAGACUGGCCGAGAGGGAUUGACUGAAGCUGCCCUGAACCGCUACAAUGCUGAUAAACCCUCCUUGUACAGCUUACCUGCUUCCCAAAGCACCUGUGUUGCCAGUGACACGUCAACAGGCACCUCAGUGGCAGCUUCCUUUUUUGCCAGAGCUGCUCAGAAGUUGAAUUUGUCAUCCAAAAAAAAGAAACACCGGCCUUCUGCGUCUUCUGUUUCUGAAUCUCACCUAUUUGCUACCAAAUUCAGCACCAUCCUACAGACUUCCCCUCCACCUGCUCCACCAUGUUUGCUGAGGGCAGUCAACAAAGUAAAAGACACUCCAGGACUGGGCAAGGUGAAGGUCAUGGUCCGCAUUUGUUCUACCUUGGCCAGGGACUCCUCUGAAUCCAGCUCCUUCUUAAAGGUUGAUCCUCGUAAGAAGCAAAUUACUCUGUAUGACCCAUUGUCCUGUGGAAGCCAGAAUGCCUUCCAAAAAAGGAGCAGUCAAGUGCCACCCAAGAUGUUUGCGUUUGAUGCCGUUUUCCCUCAAGACGCAUCUCAGGCCGAAGUAUGUGCAGGAACAGUAGCUGAAGUGAUCCAGUCUGUGGUGAACGGUGCUGAUGGAUGUGUAUUUUGCUUUGGACACACCAAACUAGGGAAAUCCUACACAAUGAUUGGAAAGGAUGAUUCCAUGCAGAACCUUGGCAUAAUCCCUUGUGCCAUAUCCUGGCUGUUUAAGUUGAUUAAUGAACGGAAAGAGAAGACGGGAGCCCGUUUCUCUGUCCGAAUCUCAGCAGUGGAAGUGUGGGGAAAAGAAGAAAACCUGAGAGACUUGCUGUCAGAGGUGGCAACAGGCAGCUUACAAGACGGCCAGUCUCCUGGGGUCUACCUUUGUGAGGACCCAAUUUGUGGCAUGCAGCUGCAGAAUCAAAGUGAACUCCGAGCUCCUACUGCAGAGAAAGCUGCCUUCUUCCUCGAUGCAGCCAUUGCCUCGCGUCGUAGCAGCCAGCAAGAUUGCCGGGAGGAAGAUCACAAGAAUUCUCAUAUGCUCUUCACUCUGCACAUCUACCAGUACCGAAUGGAGAAGAGUGGAAAAGGGGGAAUGUCAGGAGGCCGUAGCCGCUUACACCUCAUUGACCUGGGCAGCUGUGUCAAACCCCUCAGCAAAAAUCGUGAAGGAGGCUCUGGACUUUGUCUUUCAUUGUCUGCACUGGGCAAUGUGAUCCUAGCCCUAGUCAAUGGCAGCAAGCACAUUCCAUACAAAGACAGCAAGCUGACCAUGUUGCUCCGGGAGUCCCUUGGGAACAUGAACUGCCGUACUACCAUGAUAGCUCACAUUUCGGCAGCUGCAGGGAACUAUGCUGAAACACUUUCCACCAUCCAGAUUGCAUCCAGGGUUUUAAGAAUGAAGAAAAAGAAAACAAAGUACACAUCAAGCUCUUCAGGAGGAGAAAGUUCUUGUGAAGAAGGGAGGAUGCGGAGGCCAACCCAGCUGAGGCCCUUCCAUUCUCGGAAUGUUGUUGAUCCAGACUUCCCCAUUCUUCACUUGUCAAGUGACCCAGAUUAUUCUUCUAGCAGCGAACAGUCAUGCGACACCGUCAUUUACGUUGGCCCCAACGGCACAGCCCUUUCGGACAAGGAACUGACUGACAACGAAGGUCCCCCCGAUUUUGUCCCCAUAGUUCCUGCCCUUCAGAAGACCAAAACUGAAGGCAAGCUGGAGGACAUGAGUGAGACAGCGCCCAGCACUUCUGAGAGAGACUGCUUGAAGUGCAAUACAUUUGCGGAACUCCAGGAGAGGUUAGACUGCAUUGACGGCAGUGAGGAGACUGACACGUUUCCUUUUGAAGAACUGCCUGUUCAGUUCAGCUCCGACCAAGUGACUAAGUGCCCUGUGUCAGGCCAAGCAGCAGAGCUCACUAGUGCAUCAGAAGAAGGCCUGGCAGGCUGCCAAGAACCUGAUAAAGAUUUCAAGGAAAACCUGAAUGCAACAGCCAACAAAAUUCAGGGAAGCCAUUCCCCUGUUCACACUGGGGUGCUUAAUGAGGCACCCACCCCUCCAUCACCUAGGAGUGUUACAGGCAGUCCAAGUAGCCACACAAACUGUUCCCAGCAAUCCCACAGCACGGAUCUGCAGAGCAGCCGAGAAAGCCUGAACACUUGCGGCUUUGUAGAAAGCAAGCCUCGGCCCAUGGGUUCCCCACGGCUUGGUAUUGCAAGCCUUUCCAAGACAUCCGAGUACAAGCCGCCCACUUCUCCUUCUCAGAGGUGCAAGGUUUACACCCAGAAAGGGGUGCUGCCCAACCCUGCACCACCACCCUCAUCCUUAAGCAAGGACUCCGGGAUGGUGUCCAGUGAGUCUCUGAUGCAGCCAGAGAUCCGCACUCCUCCCAUUGGCAUGAGCCCCCAGCUCAUGAAAAAGUCUGUGUCUUCCAGCAGUGCUGAUUAUGGGGAGCUCAUUGACAACGAAGAGCAGCAGGAGCAGCAGCAAGAGCCGCCUCUUUCUCCUGAGUCAAAGAAGGAGAUUUUGAGCACCACCAUGGUCACGGUGCAGCAGCCCUUAGAGCUGAAUGGAGAAGAUGAGCUGGUAUUCACCCUGGUUGAAGAACUGACCAUUAGUGGGGUUCUGGAGAACGGACGUCCAACAAGUAUCAUCAGCUUUAACAGUGAUUGUUCUGUGCAAGCUCUGGCCUCCGGGUCUAGGCCGGUUAGCAUUAUCAGCAGCAUCAGUGAAGAUCUUGAAUGCUAUGCCAGUACAGCUCCUGUGUCUGAGGUCAGUAUCACCCAGUUUAUGCCUCUUCCAAAAAUGGGACUGGAUCACAAAGCUGAAGAGGCUGAAAGCAGACGUUCCUCUAUCAGCUCGUGGUUGAGCGAAAUGAGCACCGGCAGUGAUGGUGAACAGUCAUGCCACAGCUUUAUAGCCCAAGCAUGCUAUGGGCAUGGGGAAGCACUGGCAGAUGCGCCCAUUCCUGAACUGGCAAGAGGCGUACAGAACAGCAGUGUGGUUUGUAUAAAUGACAAGCAAAAGCCAGUCACCGAGGAAAUAUUUGUACUGCCAGAGGUUGCCGACGAAAGUAUUAAUAAAAUGUCACCUAUCAAAGGUUGUAAAAUAUCAGCCCUGGGAAAGACUAUGGUCACAAUAUCAAACACCACAAGCCUAAGCAGUUGUGAAGGUUUCAUUCCAAUGAAGACCAACAUUACUGUGUAUCCAUGUAUUGCUGUUAAUCCCUUUAAGGCACAAGAGCCGCCUGAGACCGUAUCUGCAGUGUCGUCACCAGCAAAAGUUCCCCAGCCUCAAGAGGUGAAGGAAUCCAGUGUAAGAAAAGAGAUAAAAUUUGAUGAUCCUUGGCUAAAGAGGGAAGACAGUGUGAAAAAAGAAAGCUGUGGCCCCAAGGCUGAAGCCAUCACUCAACAAAAUAAGAAGCAGAAGUCAGCAGACAGGUUUAGCAGCAGUAGCGGAGAGACUUCCAGCUCCCCGGGAACGGAAAACCUGAAGAGGGUUGUAGAUGGAUGUGAAAUGGGACUUCCCAGUUCCACAGCCCACAGCCCAGCACACACUACGGAGAGCUUUAAAAAUGGCAGCCUCACGAGAGGCGUUCAGAAGGCCAGCAAGCUGGAGGAACUGGAUGCUGUUUCCUAUCAUUACAUUGAGGAGAACAGUGCCAUUAGUUGUUCUGUUGGGUCCCAGACUUCCAGAGCUAGCUUGGAAAGAAGGUUUGCGUCCCCCAAACACUGCGUUCUCACACGUCCAAAAGGAACUCCGCCGUUGCCUCCCGUGAGGAAAUCUAGCCUGGAUCAGAAAAAUAGGGCCAGCCCUCAGCACAGCACUUGCAGCAGCAGCACCAGCAGCCCUUUGAACCAACCAGCCCCUUUCCUGGCUAGUUUUCCCGAUGAGCUGAAUGGGAAACAAAAGGGUUCCAGUAUGGAGAGCGGUAACAAUAGCAGCAGUAAAUUGUUUAGUGCCAAACUUGAACAGCUGGCCAGCAGAACCAAUUCCUUGGGAAGGUCCAGUGGGAGCCAUUAUGAGUGCCUGUCUUUGGAAAGGGCAGAGAGUCUGUCCUCUGUCAGCUCCAAGAUGGGUCCUGGGAAAGACACCACAAUGCCCAGAGCUGGGAGAAGUUUCAACCGCAGUGCAAUGUCCUCACCCACAAACUCAGGCCUUUCUCAGUCUGCAGGGGCCUCGCCAAAAGCCAGUCAAUCAAAGAUCUCUGCAGUGAGCAAGCUCCUCUUGGCAAGUCCUAAGGCUCGAAGCCUGGCUGCCUCAACCACCAAAACACUUAGCUUCUCUACCAAGUCCCUCCCUCAGUCUGUGGGGCAGAGUUCAGGCUUGCCUCCCAAUGGAAAGAAUAUGUCCUGGUCUACUCAGUCUCUCAGCAGGAACAGGGGCUCUGGGCUCUCCUCAAAACUGCCCCUCAGAGCCGUCAAUGGGAGGAUCUCAGAACUUCUGCAAGGAAGCACAGGCACCAGAGGGCUGCAGUUGCGUAGGAACUCAGACACAGAUGAUCGCAGCGCCGUCCACGGAGAAGAGAAGCCAACUGUUCACCUGCUGCCUUCACCUUACAGCAAGAUCACUCCACCUCGGAAACCUCACCGCUGUAGCAGUGGCCACGGAAGUGACAACAGCAGUGUCCUGAGUGGGGAGCUGCCACCUGCCAUGGGGAAAACAGCCUUGUUCUACCACAGUGGAGGAAGCAGCGGGUAUGAAAGCAUGAUGAGAGACAGUGAAGCAACGGGAAGUGCUUCCUCAGCACAAGACUCUAUGAGCGAGAACAGCAGCUCCCUCAGUGGGAGGUGCCGAAGUCUCAAAAAUCCAAAGAAGCGUUCGAAUACAGGUUCUCAGAGACGGAGACUCAUCCCAGCUUUAUCCCUUGACACAACAUCUCCGAUAAGGAAACCUGCCAGCCCAGCAGUACGCUGGGUAGAUGGACCUCUGAGAAGUUCCCAGAGAGGAAUGGGGGAGCCCUUUGAGAUCAAAGUCUAUGAGAUUGAUGAUGUGGAGCGGCUCCAACGACGGCGCAUGGGGGACAACAAUGAGGUGAUUUGCUUCAACGCUAAACUGAAAAUCUUGGAGCACCGGCAGCAGCGAAUUGCAGAGGUCAAGGCCAAGUACGAGUGGUUAAUGAGGGAGCUGGAAGUGACCAAACAGUACCUGAUGCUGGAUCCUAAUAAAUGGCUCAGUGAAUUUGAUCUGGAGCAAGUAUUUGAGUUGGAUUCCCUGGAGUACUUGGAGGCUCUUGAGUGCGUGACUGAGCGACUAGAGAACCGUGUCAACUAUUGCAAGGCUCACCUCAUGAUGAUCACCUGCUUUGACAUCACUUCUGGGCGCCGGUGAAGAAUUAACCUCGAGAACAUUUUGGACUACUGCCACUCCCCUUUCUCCCUUUUGAACAGCACCCCAAAGACCUAGAAUGAGGAUGAAGGUUGGUGUCAUGUUUUGACUGUGUGUGGAAGAGAUUUCCCCCCUCUUAUUAUGCUGAAGAGUGGUGCAUACAUUGACUAGAUGAUGAUGAUGAUGAAAAGCAAAAACGCUGAGAAAUAAGGAUGUGGAAUCUCCUAGCCUGAAAGAGCACUUUGAGAAAUCUUUAAGGACAUGUUUGUAAAUAGGAACUGCUGGCAGAAGUGACUUUACCCCUCAACAAUAGCUGUAGAGGGAGGAAGAGCAGAUGUAGGACCGACUGCUGCUGAGAGCACCAUUGAAGUAAAAAUACACAGGAAGACUGUCUUAAGUGCCUUGCAAAUCUUUAUUAUCCAAACAUUUAUGUUCAUACUUUCUUGUGUACAGAUGGUGCUAGUCAAGAAAAAGAAAAAGACAAAAAAUCAAAACACAUUUUCUGAAAUGUAUUUACAGCCUGUUUUCCCCUCCCUCGGUGUUUUAUCCUAUUUCUGACUUGCUGUUUCUACGUAACUUGUGUUUGUAGAGAUAUUUCUUAACCGAUACAGCAUAUAAAUAAAUGUUAACUGUCAUUUAUUGUUACACACGAGAGUAAGGCCACUCAAAGAGAAAAAAGAUAUUAAACCGUGUACAUGAAACCCAAAAUAUUUGAUAGUAAUGGAAGAGGAGAGGUCCACUUUGUUAUUAAAGAACAUAAAUGUGAAUUUUCUGGCAAAAUAACAAGACUUCAGUUGACAUCACUAGGAAAACAGAAGUCUUCACUGAUUUUUUUGUUGGCUGUUACUUUUUGUACUAAGAUUGUGGUAUUUACACCACCAGUUUUCAUGGAUGCUCAAAUGAAGAUAAUUACUUAAUGUUGACCAGGUAUCUUCAUUGUUUUCAGACCCAGGGUCCACUUUUAAUCCAAACAUGAAUUUGGGGACCAAUUUCUUAAUCUUUUACCUUAUGCAUGGUGGUGGUGCUCCUGUUAACCCACUAGCACAUCUCAGUCCACCAGUUGAAGACCUGUGAGGCUGAAUGACCACUGCCUCUUUUUUCUGAGGUGUGUCUAGGUUUGUCCUAGAGCUGCCUUCAUUUGGUUACAGAGAUACUGCAAAUGAUUCCCUACCUGUUAUGGCUCUCGGUCUAUGAACACUGGAAUGGUUAUGGUAGAUCAGAUCAGCAUCCUUCUAGUUUGUGGAAUUUACAGCAAUCAGGUGUGGUGGUGGCCUCUAGUUAGGAUGGAUUUAAAAGGGAUUAGGCAAAUACAUGGAGAGUAGUCAAGAUUUCUAUAGGGAACCUUUCGGUUGAAGAGGUCAGUAGGCACUGAAUACCAGGUCCUGAAGCCACAACAAGGCAAGUCAGAGACAUCCAGUUGAGCACAUGAGAAACAGGAUGCUGGACUAGAUGGACCAUUUGUAUGAUCGAGGAGUUUAGAUGCACAUCAAUACACAUCACAGCACCAGCCAAACAGCCCUUUUAAAAAGCUGCAAAACCUGUUCAGUAGAACAAGUAGAUCUGCAAAAAAUGAAUCCAGCCCCCUUUCUCCUUUCUGAUCUGUGAGCUACAUUUUUAAAGAAUUGAACAGCAUAUGUACUGCUCCAUCUGCUGGAUUGGGUAGGAGACUUUUUUUGCCAUGUUUGAUUCUCUGUCAAGGAGGACUGCUUCUGUAUACAUGUACAUGUACAUAUAUUAUGGAUCAGAACAUAAUACUUCAAAGGGGGAGAGUUAAAUGGGCAACACCUGAUUGCAUCUUUGCUUGAUAAACAUCUUUCACUAACUCCAAAAUUUGCCAAUUUUAUUUUUAGUAGUCAUGCCAAGAUGAGAAGCCACUUGAUCCAGCUUUUCUCUUUUUCAGUAAGUUAUUGUGAGACACAAAGCAAGGCAUUCAGAAAUACUAAACACCUAGUAUCACAAUUUACCUUCACAAAUGCAUUAUUAAAAGUUCAUCAGAUUAUUCAUGAGUCAUUAGAGGAAUCUACAGUACAACAUCAAUGGCACAAAUGUCUCACAUCAGCUCUGUGUUCAGACAGACAAAGACUUCCAAAAGCCUGGCCCUAAAAACAUGUGGUCUUCCCUGAUUCAAGUGCACGAACAAAGUCUUUUUAACAACGGUAAAAUUCUGAUCUUCCUCUGAAAUAUGUUCUCACCUCACUUUCUUCUGACCCGCCUUCACAUUCCUUGAAAUUUCCUGCAAAAUAAAUAUUCGCAAGUAAGGUAAUUUCCCAAGGCCCAAGCUUGCAACAUUUGCAAAGCUACUUCAUGGGCUCUUGGUGCCUGGUAAGAACACAUGUGCUGUUUAAGAUAAGUUUGAUAGAUCAAACCAGGAAGGCAUCAUGUGCAAGUGUCACUUGCUGAAUUACAGGCAUAACUUGGAAGCACAAAAUCCUAGGGUCAAAUGAGAUGUGAUGAUGGAGGAUUGGGCAGUGUCUUAAAAGGCUAAAGGUGGUGUUCAGGUGCCCCAAUGCUUCCUCUUUGGGAAUUGGGAAUGUAAUACUUUCCCCCAAGCUAUUUUCUAAACAUAGAAAACAUCUGAAACUAUUUUCCCCAUGGGGCAAAAUGCAGCUCCUGAGAGGUAGAGGAGGGUGGUGGAAAUACCAUUCAUAUGUCCACAUCAUAUACAAUGUUGUAGAUUAGUAUGGUAUUUUUUUGUUUGCUGUCCAUGUCAAACAAACCCUCCCCCCAAUUUUCCUUAUUUGCAUUCCUAAACACUGACAUUAGAAAACAAGUAACAGCCAUAGCACACACAUCUUCUCACUUUGCUAAAAACAAUAAGGUUAAGAGGGUGCAUAGAUAAACCGAUGGAAAUCUGUGUGGUGGUACAGCUAUGUUUUAUGUGUUUGAGUUAGGGCACCUACUUACAAGCAGCAAAGCAUAACUUAUGACGCUCAUUGCAAAACUCUGUCCAUAAAACCUUUACAGCCCCCACUCACCAGCAGGCUGGCCAUUUAUGCCACUGUAUUUUAUAGAAACUAUAUUUUAAAACGAGGGCUGUGUUAUUAUCUAUGCAUGUUCUCCUGCCUAUAAAGCUGUGUGGCUGUAUUUGCCUCGUAUAAGCCUUUGAAAAAUGGUUUAAACAUUUAUAAAAAUAAAUAGAAAAAUGCAUUUAGGUGUCAAUAAUUUAAGGUCAGGUGCACUCUAGACCUUUAGGAUUAACUCUGUCACUAUAUGUAUAAUAUAAACAGAUAAUGUGUGAUCAAAAUGGAGAGUGACUAUUUGCUCCUUAUAAAAUGAAACAACAUCCCUGUGCCUUUUGAGCCCCCAUGCAGGCCUUCUCUAAUUGGCAGAGGACUGAAGGAAAGCAGAUGAGCUAAAUUAGCUCACAAAAUAUUUCCCUGAUCUAUGCUGAGGGAAAGAGCUGUACCACAGACAUUUUGGCAUCAAGGCAUGGAACAGUGAUGUGCCUAUGGCAAAGGGCAUAUAUGAUGAAAGACACAUGCAAGCAACAUCUAAAAUGGUUAUUGUUGAUCAUAAGCAACAUGUAAAACAUUAAGCAAACUCUCAUUAAAUGGUAACUGGCUACCACAGAUGUCAGCGGGGAAAGCAGUGGCCCAUAUGCUCUGGUGACUGCACUUGGCGAUCAUAUGCUGCAGAGCCUUGGCUGUGAUUCUUUGGCUCAUUCAACAAUUUCCUAACAAAUUUUUAGCUAAUAACUUCCACCUUGCAUGAAGGUUGCAAAAUAAUAGCUGAGCACCCAUGAUGCUUCAUAGAAUUUUUCCUCUGCUCUAGCUAAUAGUCAAGAAAUGAGAGCAAUCAAUUUUUUUCUAAACUAUUUCCAGAUGAAAGUUUUUAUUUUAUUUUAUUGGAGCAUCUGCCGCUGGCCAACUAAGCAGAUGUGGCAUGUUUCUCAAACUUCUGUUGUCAGACUAUCCAAACUUGGCCACAAAUUUGCCAGUGGAGUUGAUAUGAACUUCUUUUACGUACCAUCUUGAGAAUACCUUUUGCUACUGAAUUCCUGGUACUCAGAUUCAAGCAUCAACUUCCAGCCUGCUUGAUCAAAGUGGUCCAGGAUGUUCCUGUUGCAGGAAAAAUCCAUGGUAGGUUAUUUGAGCCCAAGCAACACCCAUUCAAACUGACCUUUCAACCUCUCCCAAGGAUGGAGGAGAGGAUGCAUUUUGUAAACUUUGAGUGGCCCUACUCAACUCUGGAGCAUACUUUAUAAUAAAAUGAUGGUAAUAAAAGUGGUGCUUAAAGCAGUUUCAGCUAUAUCUAUAUGACAUAUACUCUCUAUAUGAAUUUAGCCACCUUAUAUAUUGUAUAAUAUGCGUGUGAAUGGGUAUCUGAAUAAAACACUCACUCGCCUAAAGAUUUUAUGUACACAUAGAUACUACUUUUUCUAAAUUUCAGCUCCUUCCCCAAUUUCCUUAGCUGAAACUGCUAUCUGACAUCCAUCACCUAUUUGACGUAUGAAGGACAUAAUUUAUUUGUAAACUCAGGAUGUUCUUGCUUUAUAGAAUUGCUUGUACUUUAUAAUUUAUUUAACCAUCAUGAUUGGAAAUGCUUAUCUAAGUGCUAUGCAUUGAAGUGUACAUUUGCUGAAUCCAUUUCAUUCUGUCUGUGGCUAUGUCCUUUUCCAUAGUAACCGUGGUAUAAUAAAGUCACGUAAGGUUGGAGAGAGAUCCCUGCUAGGGGGAAUCACUUCUACUGAGUCAGUCACGAGAAGUUCCACAAGAAGACAGAUCUACACACUAAUCGUCUGCUAUAUCACCUAAGCUCCAUUACAGGGGUGGGGGACUUCUUCCAGACCCAGAGCCACAUUCCCAUCUGGGCAACCUUCCAGGGGGUCAGCCACAUGCCAGCAAUGGGUGGAGCCAGAGACAAAAGUGGCCGAAGAGACAAAUGUAAAUGUUACCUUUGUGCAUGCUAGCUUCCAUGCAAACGUACCCACCAUUCCUUGAUCCAGGCAACCGAGAGGCAUUGUCGGGGUUCAAAGACCCAUUCCAGUCAAGCAAGAUCACUCAAGGAGGGCUGGCGAGGGUUGGCCUAGAGAGAGGGGGGGAUGUGGCCUGAGAAGAGUCCUGGGAGCCAGACAGAGUGGCCUGGGGGGCAGCACUUGACCCCAGAGCCUCUGAGGUUCCUCACCUCUGCUUUGCUGGAAAAAGAACCAACAGGGAGGGGGUGGACCCAGACAGCAGUAGGACAAGAAUGGAAAAGUAACCGAGAAACACACACAAAAUGGAAACUGAUUGAAUGAAUAUGUCAAGCCUUUUGCCAUUAAAAUGUAAAGUUCACUGUUUGCUGGUUUAAAAAAAGAAUCUCUUACCUUUUGUGGUAUAUGAGGUGUGAAACAUAUUGUCAAAGAUAUGAUGUUUAAAAGAUAUCAAAAUAUAGUGGCAUUAAAUGUUUACUUUUAUCUUA